AUGUCGACAAUAAAAUUCACCCCCUUGAAUGCACCUUCUCAGUCUAAAGACCAGAAUCCUGAUCCUAUUGAAACUCAUUUUCGACAAUGCGAAAAGGAAUAUAAUUUAGCUUUAAGAAGAAGUCCCGAAGUUGCAAAGGAAACCUACGUUACCUUGCUCAGAUAUGAUAUAAUGAAAAACCCUUUAUACCAAGUACAAAAUUUUGGCGUAGAAUUGGCAUCAAGGAUUACAAAACUAAAAUAUUGCAUACAGAGAAACUAUGCUGAAAUUUUGGAAAAGGAAUACGAAACCAUUAAAACAAAAAAUGCGGCACAAAAAGCACUCAAACAUUAUUGGAAGGCUGUCAAAAUUGACUCAAGCGACCAUAGCAUAUGGAUAAGAAUCGGUAAACUUGCAAUGUCUGAUGAAAUAAACGAUCGUGAAAUCGCUCUUUAUGCUUUCAGCCAGGCUUUAAAAGAUUUCCAAAUUAAGCAAAAUCCUCAUGAAUUAUUAUCAGCUCCUAUUAUUCUUACUCCACAUCAUAGGGUUGCUUUUGAAGAGUUGUGCCGGAUUUUAUACGAUUUUGGAGAUUUCCCGGCUUGUUUAGACGCAGUAGAUAAAGGAUUGAUGGUUGACCCUUACAACUCACUACUUUUACAAUUAAGAUAUCAACUUUUGUCGGAUACUUGGAUAAGAUUUUCUUUACCCACAAAUUAUUAUGAUAAUGCCCCUCCAAUUAAACUGCCAAUUAAUUCAAAACCAAUCCCACGACGCGUAAGAUCGUCAGGAUUCUAUCAAUCAUCAAUAAAUAAACCCGAGACUUAUUAUACUAUUAAUAUAACUGAGGUUUCCUGGCUUUGUUUAGGAGAGACCUUAUUACAUACUUUCGAUGAAAUCAUGUCCAGUCAAAGUAGAUCUGAAACAAAUCAACGAAGUCAAAGGAUUCUAAUAGAAACUCAGGCCUACCAUUACUCUAAUAAUACUGCUUCAUCAACAAAUGAAGCCAGUGGAGCUCCAAAUAAACGUAAAAGGAAAUCGGAGACAACAUUGGAAGAAGAUCGAACAUAUAACGGAAGGGUUAAUCGGUGGGCUUCGAAGAAAACCGAGACGAUUGAAACUUUCAAUCGUCAACGUGAUGAAGCUGCAUCUGAUUUUACGGGAAAAAUAAUUAAUAUUAUGAAAAAAUUUGAUGUUGAUCAUUUUCUUGACACUCAACAACUUGAUGUGGAGGAUCAAAUUGAUAAAUUUUUGGGAUAUUUUAGUAAGAUAUGGACUUUUCGUGCGUCAAAUGACGAUCAUGGAAACAUGAUCGAUACAGCAAUUAACCGAAUGAAACAAAAAUCACCAUCGGAUUCCAGAUAUUAUCUAUUUGCUCCCAACACAAAUCCUCCUCCAUCAUCACAAUAUUUCAAUGAGAUCUCUGGAACGGAAGGAAUUCUAUUUUCGUUUAUAGAAAAAUUGAACAAUCUUAAUUCUGGGAUAGUAGAUUGUUUAUGUUUAUUUGUGACGCAUUUGCUCGGAAGCUUUAUUUCUUCAGAUGGAGAAGUUGAGAAAUCACUGUGGUUAUGUCGAUGGCCUAAUGGUUUAAAAGAAGUUGUUAGAGAAAUGAUACAAAGAAUAGAUAUGGAAUUAUUAUCUAUUCUUGACAAUCUCUGCAAGCAUUGGGAUGAAAAGGAUAAUUGUGCCGAAAUGUUGAUGAAUAUUGAAGAGGACAGUAUUGCAAGGCACUAUAAACAAAAAAUGGAAAUUCUGAUGGGCAUUUACGAAUUAUUAUUGGACACCCAAAUUUCGUGGACAUGUACUUCAUCUGCUGAAACUGGACUAUCAAAUUUUAACAGUUCAGAAAUGUCAUCAGGAUUACAAUUUACCUUAACCAAUUACAUAGAUUGCUUCAUUCGUUCAUCAUUUUACAUGUCAAAUUUUCUAACUAUAGCGGAAUCUCAGGCACCUAAAUCAGGUUCUGAAUUAGAUAAAUGGAAUCAUUCAUAUAAAAAAUGGAAGAGUUGGGCGUCGCAAUUAAGUGUACGAUACUGGUGGUGUGCUGCUAGAAUGGAACUAUGGAAAGGAGCAUUAGAUACAUCAAUGACAUUCCUUGAGACAUGUAAAAUAACUUAUUUGUCUGGCGACCAUAAAAGCGACAUCGUAAUAUCUAAUUUCGCCUAUGAUUCAAUAAUCAAUAUCUCGGCUAUAAAUCGAAAGGCGUGGAUAAUCGAAUCUCGAAAGGAUCAACCACAAGAUGAAUGGACGCUUGCAAUUAAUAAUCUGGCUGAUUCAAUUAAAUUUUUACAUAAUUGGGUGUCUGAUUCUAUUGACAAUGAUAGAGUUAUUUUAUUUUGGACAAUUAUCAGUUCGGUGAACGAGUCAAUUACUAAAGUAAUCCAAUAUCUCUCAAAUAAGAACCUGCUUGCGAAAUUAUCAGAAAUCGAUCGUAAGAAAUUCAGUUCAUGUUUCCGAUUCUUAUUCCGAAUAAGUCUUGAAGUUCUGUUUCCACGGAGUCUUUUAUUAAAGGAGGCAAUGGCAGAUAUUAUUGAACCAAUGAAUAUAUUAUGUGUCCGCACUUGGAUCCUAUUUAGUUAUUUAUUAAAAGAAAAAGUGGCUAAUAAAUUGGCUGACGAUUUCGCCGAAUUCUUAGAAAUUGUGCACGACCAACUUGGAGAUCGACACAUCUGUGGAAUAGACAAUGGCAAUUUUCUCAAAUUAGUCAUUUCAACGCUACAAAUUUUACAUCCGAAAGAUUCUAGAUUCCAGGAAUAUCAAUGUUGCCAUUGUUUAUUUAGAGUUUCAUUAUCUUUAGAUUCCACACCUCCAAAUGACCAUCAGACCCCUACUGUCGACCUUGAUCAACAAACUGCACAACUACUUUUGCGAGAGAUUCGAAAUUAUUUAAAUUUGAAGUCGCGUAAGUCAUAUAAGACAUGGGCCAUUAAGAAUGAUAUAAAAGAAACUUUAGAUAAGAUUGCGAACCUUGUUAGCCCUCCAAGCGAAAAUCGAUUUUCCAAAUGUAGCUGGAGAACUCAACAUUUUCUUGAUGACGAUAUUAAUUUUUAUGAUGCGGUACGGUAUAGAGAGCAUAGCGAUGACAUCACGGAUCUAGAAAGAAUCGCUGAUCAAGAUAAUUCUAUUUCUCACACCGAUCUUUCUGACCUCUACUAUUUCCGUGGUAAAAUUUUGCUUAAUCAGUUCAAGACCAGAUCCAAACCAAAUGCUACUAAGGCGAUGGAAACUUUAGACAAAGCAAUUGAACAAUUUACAUUUGAUAUUCGUUCGAAUCCGUUAAGGUUUGCCUCUUGGUAUGCAUUAGGUCUUUGUUAUGCUAACUUAGCCAAUGAAACACUUUCAUGGAGUGCCGAAGAGAUCAUUAACAAUCGGGAUAAGAUAACAAAUUACCAGAAGAAAUCUUUCAAUUGUUUUAUAAGAGCGGCGAAAGUUAUUCAUUGGUUUCCAGGUAGAAAUCUAUCAACACCUCAGAUUGAAGUGAUAAGGUUUUGGAGGGAUUUUGGUUAUCAUGUCUAUUCAAUGAUGACCGAACCGAUGUCUAUGGAGGCAUUCGCAUUAAGUCCUGCUCAUUCAGUAUCCUGGCGGAAACCAACUUUUGAGCAAGCAUGUCAAUUCUCAGCUGCAUGUUUUGGAAGGGCAUUACAAUUAGAAAUUCAAACUCCGGAAAGUUCAGGGAUUACGGGUCAAGAAAAAAUAUUGGAUGCUGAAUAUAAAUUGACAUCAUCACUAGCCAAAUAUUUAAUAACCAGCAAAAUAAAGCCUUCAUUUGUUGAGAAAACAAUAGGGGACUUAGAUAAUGAGGAAAUUGAUUAUUCAAACGAGGGCGAAAUUUUCAACAUUCAAAAACCCGAAUAUCAGCGUGCGUAUGAUCUUAUAUGUUCGAAAUUAGAUAAUAUACGUAAGGCUGAUAAAAACAAGUGGUAUCAUCGCCCCGUAUUUCGCCAAGCAUGGCUGACAUUUCAUGUUGAACAAAAACCCGAUGAAGGAAAAUCAAUAUUACAAUCCUUAUUCCAAUUAAAAACUCACAUAAGCAAACCAAUGAUGAACGUUUGGAGACCAGAAUUUGAAAGGGCGGGUCGACAUUAUGUAUAUGUACAUGAAUACAUUUUAUUACUUAUAGAUCUAGCUAGAGUGACUGAAGACAUGGCGAUGUUGGAAACGAUGGAAGUUAGGCUUGCAAGAUCCAUUGUCGUUUUACUGAAGCCUGAAAUAAUUCGAAUUAAUAUGAAGAAUGCUAUUCAAUAUGUGGAGAAGGCUCAGCAGCAACCAUUAGUAUCAGUAGAUAUAUAUGGUACUCCAGGGGGAGCUGAACAAACGCAGACACCUUUCACCUCGGACAAUCAAGAAGACAUAGAGGGGGUCUCGGAAUCGUCCAAUCAAGAAUAUGAGUCUGUUAAUAAUUAUGAAACGUCAAAUGUUAUGUCCGUGGCAGCUCUCAUUUCACAUGAUGACGAUUCUCCGAUGGCGAUCGGUUUUGUGGAUCUGGCAGUGAAUGAUGUGCCUACUAAUGAUUUGGUUAAUAAUUUGGAGCCUACUAAUGACAUGGAGCCUACAAAUAAUAUAGAGCCUAUUAAUGAUUUGGAACCUACUAAUAAUUUGACUGAUCAAUCAAUGAAUGAGACGUAG